AUGAGGUCAAAUGAAGCCCGAAAAGUGGUCAGAUUCCUGAACGGGUAUGAAUUUACAUCUCGGAGGCUGAAAUAUCCAUUACAAUGCUGGAAAGAAAACGGCCCUUCAGAUAUAAACAAUGCCGAUGAUUCACAACCAUUUACGGAUCUCCAAGAAACCUCUUUGAAUCAACCAGAUGAAUUACAAGCCAUAAAUCGUCAGAUACAAUUGAUAAAACAACAAAGAAUUCUUAUAGAAGAGGAGAGCAAGUUACUUAUUGAGAAGAAACGACUUGAAAUGAUUCAGAAUCUCGGACCAAAUGAUUUCCAUAAGCUAUGCAUGUUGUAUCAGAAAGCGAAUGACAAAACUGAGUUGUCCACUACUGAUAUUGCUCACGAACCAACUAAAGUACCCGAAUUUAUUGGACCCUGCAAAUUUAUAUUUGGAGAAAUGACACAAAUAAUAAAAAAGAAAGUUGAAUAUAAAUAUCGCAUUGCCUUCAUGAAAUUUUUACGCGCGAAUGUCAGAAAACGUUUGUUGUUCGCGUUAAAAGACGAAGCGUAUAUGUCUUCAAAGGAGAUAUUUGCUUUUUAUAGAAAGCUCUAUCCCAAAGAGACAGAUGAAAAUCUUGUUCAAGAGCUCCUGGAUAUUGUGAAAAAAAAUCGCAUGACUUUUUAUGUAUCGAAUACGGGACAGAAAAAAUAUAAAGGCAUAAAACCUAACAAAAACUGUACGGCUAUUAUAAAGGAUGAUAUGAUUUUCUAUGAAGAUGUAAACACUGAUUUUGAAGAUGGUUUUACAUUGGAUACAAGUCCAAUACACAGUGAUUUGUAUUACAAAAACAUGGAAUAUACAAACGAUGGCGUGUGUUGUGAAUAUGAUAAUCAAAAUGCUAAUGAAGACUUCGAAAGAUCAUACGAAUAUGAAACGAAAGUUAUAAAUAAAUUUGACAAUGAUAACGAAGUAUUUGGAGACGAAUUUAUAAAGGAAGACAAAGAUUGUAUGACUGGGAUCGAUCAAACGGCAACGGAAAUGGCACUUGCUGAUGAUUUUGAUAUAGAAAACGAUUUAGACGACUGGCUUGAAGAUGAUAAAGACAAGGUACAUUACUGA